AUGGCUAGUGUUGAUAGUAAUGUUACAAAAUGUGCAACAGUCAGUGUAAUGUGGUAUUAUCCACGAGAUAAUUUAACAUUAACAAUUGAAACAUCUUUCACUAAAAAACAACGACCAUAUGGGAUUGAAAUCGAUAAUGAUGAAUUACUCAAAGGUAUACCACAUGUUUAUCGAAUUCUUGAUGGUCAAGAAACAGAAAUCACAACAACUGUCAAGAGCAUUAUUCAAAAAUCGGAUAAUAAUUUCCAAGUCGUUCUCAAACUACAAGGCCCUCCAAAGCUCGUCGCCCUUCAUGCCGAUAUUAAUUAUAAAGUGAUUGAGAUAUAA